AGCUUGUAUAUUUUUUGCUGAUAUUGACUUUUUCAUAAACUGAAUAAAAUGUGAUAGCGAAAUAUAUCUUGAACAAGUAAUAAGUGGUUACAGAACAAAAGUAUUUUUAGUAUGUGCAGUGCUACGCAAUUGUAAUAAUAUUUUAAAAGAAAAAAAUAUAUAACAACGCAAACUUUAACCGGUACUUUAAAAUGAUCUAUUCUAGAAUUAUUUGUGUUCUUGUGAUAUACUUACUAAAUUGUUUUAUAUGUGCUCAGUCCUUUGGAACUUUUAAAUCUGCAAGAGAACGAUACAGAGCAGAUUUAGGCGAGUGUGGGCCGUUUGAAAAACAAUGUUCACAUUUGGACGAUGAUUUAGCCCUACUUUCUUGUGCACUCAAUAUAACACACAGUAAUAAAACGCAGUUACCGUUUAUUUGCCAACAUAAAAUAUGGUUACAUCAAUCAGAACUCUUGGACAAUGUUUUUCUUGAAAGCAAAAUAAAAACAUCUUGUUCGAAUGAACCAAUCAUUUUAGAUUGCUUGAAUUCUGUAGACAAUAUAAUUGACUGUGUUUUAAAACGUAAACCAAGUGUCAAGGAUAAAACUUGUUGGAAAACAAUAAACAAAAUUGAGUCUUUAAUAUUUAAUGAUUGGCAAAUAACCAAAAGUUUUUUGAAGAAUUGCUUUGACGACAUACAAGCAUUAUCAUGUGGGCGAAUACCCCCAGACCCAAGAAGUCUUUCUCAAAUGCACACAUUAAAAUGUAUUCAAAACCAUGAACAAAGUUUGAAACCUGAAUGUCAAUCUGAAAUUACAGUACUUCAGGAGAUGAAAUAUAGUACCCUCCAAAUGGAUAAAUUAGUAUUUGCUGCAUGUAAUUUAGAUCAGAAAAACUUUUGUCCUGAUGAAGUACCUGGAACUCUUUCAAUGUAUAAAUGUCUGAUUAGACAUAAAUAUGAGAAUGGUAUGUCAAAAAGAUGUCAGGACCAACUAUUUUAUGCUCAAAGGAAUAUAGUAAUGAACUAUAGAAUGAGUAAAGGUCUGGUUAAAUCAUGUAAAGAAGACAUAAGAAAAUAUCAUUGUCGUAAAGGUGUUGUUGAUGACAAAGAUGUGCGUCUUGCUCAAAUUUUGCUUUGUUUAGAAAAUGUGGCAAGAAAUGAGUCAUUGAGAGUAACACCAGAAUGUAUUUCUGAAAUGACAGAACAUAGAAAGAUGCUCAUGGAUGAUUACAGACUUUCACCUGAGCUAAUGCAAAAUUGUGCAAAUGACAUUACAACUCUGUGCAAAAGUGUUGAAACUGGUGGAAAAACCAUACACUGUCUUAUGGAACAUGCAAGACCAAAAAGACGUAAGGACAAAAGAAUAAGCUUAGCAUGUCAAAAAUCUUUGGAAGUAUUGAUUCAAGAGGCAGAUCCAGCUGAAGACUGGAGGGUAGAUCCUAUUUUACGUAAAGCAUGCAAGCCUGUUGUUGAUAGAGCCUGCAGAGAGGUUAAUGGAGGCAAUGGUAGAGUUAUGUCCUGUCUAAUGGAAAAACUGGGUACUGCACAAAUGAGCUCAGAUUGUGAAGCUGCUUUGAUACAGAUACAAUAUUUUGUGUCAAGGAACUUCCAAUUAGAUCCACAGUUGUACAAAGCUUGCAGAUAUGAUGCAGUCACUCAGUGUAAAGCUAAAUUGCAGUGGGCUGAUGCCAGUGAGCAUCAGUCACAAAAGGAUCCACUAAUUCUCCCUUGCCUAUAUAAAUAUGCUUAUGAGUCUGAGUUGAAAGGAAUGUUGCUACCAGCAUGUGAACAACAAGUCAGAAGAGUAAUGCAACAAAGGGCAAUAAGUGUUGACCUACUCCCGGAAAUAGCUGAUACUUGUAUAGAUGACUUGGCAAAUUUAUGCUUCGAAAAUACAGACAAAGGUGAAGAAAUUCAAUGCCUGCAAAGCAAAAUAAAAGAAUUGGGACCCAAAUGCAGGGAGAUAGUCACAAAUUUUACAGAAACUCAAAGUGGUCACAUAGAACUAAAUGCAAUAGUUAGUUCUAAUUGUAGAGUACCUAUAGAAAAAUUAUGUUCGUCUGAAUUGAAGACUAAGACUGAAAUGGAUGAUGGCAUUUUAGAUUGUCUAAUUAGACGAAAAAGUGAUCCAGAAAUAAAAACAAAUUUAAAAUGCAGGGCUGCUAUUGAGCAUGAACAAUUGAUCUCAUUGAAAAAUUAUAGGUUUACAAGAAAAUUUAAAAAUGCAUGUAAGUCUUAUGUAUUAAGGUUCUGUCCCAAAGCACAAACAAAAAGCCAGGUUGUGUCUUGCUUGAGUGAAAUAGUGAGAAAUGAUACGAUAAGUAAAAGAAAACAUACAAUUUACAAGGAAUGUCGCCAACAAUUAAGAAGUCAGCUCUUUCAACAAAAGGAAAAUGUGGAUUUAGAUCCUGAACUUAAAGAAGCUUGUAAGAAAGACCUCUUUGAGCUAUGUCCUAGAAUCCCACAUGGGGAAUCAGCAGCUUUGGAAUGCCUACAAACAGCAAAAACGAAACUAAGCGAAUCUUGUCGAAAAGCUAUAUUUGUUGUAAGAAAACAAGAAUUCACCGACAAUGCAAUUGAUUAUCGUCUUGUCACCACUUGUAGUGAUAUGAUUGAUUUGUAUUGCCAUAACACUGAUCCCUCCACUUUACUGGAUUGCUUGAAGGCUCAUCGAGAAGCAGCAGACUUUGAUAAGUCCUGUAAAUAUGUUGUGACGAAUAGAAUGAUCGAACAAAAUAUGGAUUAUCGUUUCAACAAUAAUCUUCAGAAUGCUUGCAAGGGAGAUAUACAAAAGCACUGUUCACAAAUUAUUUUAAACGAACCACAGGAGGAAUUACAAGGCAAAGUCUUAUAUUGCUUAAAAGAGCAAUUUAGAGCUUCGAAACUUGAAAAGGCGUGUGAAAAUGAAUUGGCCAAUGUACUCAAGGAGCAAGCAUUGAACUACCGUCUUGAUCCUCUCCUUGGAAAAUUAUGUAAAGCGGAAAUACAGACGAUUUGUGCCAUCCCAAAUGAUUCAAUAACUAAUUCUGAUGGACAGGUAGAAGAGUGUUUAAAAAAUGCUCUUUUAAAUCGUAAAAUUGUAUCGGCUGAAUGUAAAAGAGAAGUAGUACAAAUUAUUGAAGAAACUGAAGUGGAUAUAGAAGCCGAUCCGCUACUGGAGCGAGCUUGUGCAUUAGAUUUGCUUAAAUAUUGUAAAGAUCUGGAGCAUGGCUCUGGUAGACGUUUGAAGUGCCUAAAAAUAAUACUCAACGACGGUAAUAGAAAACUUGAAGCAGAAUGUGAAAAAGAAUUAUCCAGUAGGCUAGAAAUGUACAGAUAUGUUGCAGCUGUAAAUGUUGUUGAAAAUCUGGGUGAUGUGUACAAUGAAAUUUCAACAUCGCCAUCAAAAAAAUAUUUCUUAGUUGUAGGCUUCUCAAUUAUAGGUUUAAUUUUUAUAUUUGGUUUGUAUUGCGGCAGAGUAACAAAGAAAGCUAUGUAUGUAAAAAGGAAAUAGAUAAAAUAAGUAUAUAACUCAAUUUAGUAUUAAUAAAGAAAUGACUAUCAUG